UGUCAACUGCUAGGGUUUUGUACGGUUUAUUUUUGCGAUGAGUUUAACUCAAUUUUAUACUAUUUACUUAUUUAUUAUACAGGGAACAUGGGAAAUCACGUGUUCAGCAGAUUUCAAUACACUAGAGUUAGAUCAUUUAUCGGAAAAACUUCAUCCCGCAGAGUGCAUGAAACUUUUAGAGGCAAUGUACUCGCAAACACCCUCCAGCUCACUGACAAAUGAGAAAGAAAGUUCAGAAUUCCAGAAUAGUUCGCAGUAUUGUAGAAUUAAAUUAGGCGAGUGGAAUCGAACCUUUCCAGGGAAAGUGAAUAAACUCGCCCGAAUUAAUCUAGAAGCAGGUCUCCGCACCCUGGGUCGUCCUGACCUCGCAAAUUACGUCAAACGUAGUAGACGACUAGUGGAUAUUCUGAACAAUGUAAUUAACGCUCAAGCUUCUAACGAAAAAUCGAAGUAUCUCCACCGAAGAGAGUCCUUAACGAACUCUGUCAAAAUGAAGGGUAGGAAGAACAAGAGCUUCAUUCCACCCGGUGCAGCUCAUACAGCUGUGAAAACGCAUUUAUCCGCUUCACCUGUUUCUAAAAUUGAACACCAUAACCAGGAGAUGAAGAAGCACUUUAUCGCACAAGCCAAUAAAAAACAAGAGCCCAAAGAAGUUCGUCUUCAGGAUUUUGGGAUGAGAUCUGAAGCUGUGGCAAGGGCUCCAGGAUCUCAAACGCAAGCAGAUCAUCAUCAUCCAUUGGACGAGCCCUCUCCAACCAGAUGGAUAGCCUUUGGAAUUUUCAUCCUCUUGAUUGUAAUAACCAUUUUAAUCACAGCAGUGAUAGCAAUUUACAAAAAUCGCGGACACUUUCCGUGGGAGUCCGGAAAGGGAAAGAAAACCUGCGACGAUCGUUGUCCUUUGACUGAUCAUUUCCAAAAGGUAUCAGAAGUCGAGCACGGCUGGACAACGAGCAGCACUGAUUACAUGGGGACGCGGUGGCGUAGGGGCUCAUCAAUGGCAUCCUCUCGCUCUCCCUCGUUGAUUUGCGUGAAGGAGAGCAAGAAACGAGCGCGCAGAAUAAAGCGACAGCGAGAUAAACAGCAGCAGACAACGCGAUUAGAGAAGAAACGCAAACGUAAGGAAGUUAAAGGGAAAAAGAAGAAGAGGGUGAGCAAGGAGACUGGGAAAAAUGAACUUAGCCUUCGGGAGAAGAUUGUCAAUAUUUUGAGGAAGGAUAAACCGGACUGCAAGUGCUGUAAAUGUUCAUUCGGUGAAGAUGACGGAGGAAAUCAUCAAGUGUGUAAUGACGACCAUUGUAAAGAGCGAAGGAUUGUAAAUCUAACCGAUCUCUACUCAACCACUCGUGCGAAAACCCCGAAAAAACAGAAGAAAUCCAGGAAAUCCAAAGAGCGAAAGAAAUCAAAAGAUCGCAAAGACUCGAAAGAUCGUAGAAUAAGUUCUCCAGAAAGCUCUCCCCGGGAGCGAAAAGACUCUCGUUUCAGAGAUACAUUAGCCAGGAUGAGAGAGAGAUCUCCCAGGUGGUCUCUUGAUCAUCAUGACCCCGUUGAGCCUUGCACAAAGCUCACCUGCGACGCCAGGAGGUCCCCCCGUGACAGAAAUUCAGUGGACUUCGAUGACACAUAUCAGAGUGAUCACCAGAACCAGAAGUCAAGGAAGUAAAUGAGUCCAGUGCUUGCAGUCCACAACAAUUUCUGACUGAGCAAACAUCUUCGCUAUAUAAGUUACGAUGUGAGAAAACUAGAGCCAGUAGUGACAGAAUGAUGAAACCCGCCGCUCUGACAUUUGGUAUCCUCCUCACGAUAACCUUUGGUGUAGUCCAAGGGGUGGAUCUGCCAUGGGUGACUUUAGAAUUCGCAUUUGGGAUCGAGGAGGGAAAAUUACCUGCGCAGGUGGUUCAAGGAGUCAAUGCAACGACUUUCGUCCAAGACUACCUAAUGCUCGUUACAAAGGCUUUCAUGCGGAACAUUGAGUCGUACGCCAGUCAGGUUUACAUUGGCACAGUCCCCAUACAAGAAGAAUCAAAUCGUCUAACGCAAAAAAUCACUAGCAGUCCAUCGGACGACGUCGAAGAGAAUCUGAAUAACAUCAAUAAAAUGUUCGAUGAUUUUAUUAAAAUAAUGUCAACAAAUAUUACCAGGGAUAUCGAUUCCUAUUUGCCUGGUUUGCCUCCGAAAAUCGAAGAAACUGAAGCUGAUAUGAGCCCCAAGACAGCAAUCGAAAUUAUAACCAACUAUCCAAUACUACAAGAACGAAAUUUCGCUCGGAUCCGUCAAUUCAUGGACAAUAUUUAUAUGACUGGCUGGGCCCACGCUAGACAUUUUCAUAUCUGGGAUCAGGAGAGUAUGAGAAAUAUGUACGGUAGAAUGUUGAAACCACAUUUCCUGGCGAAAAGCGACGAGAUAAAAGCAAAUGCAAAAAUGAUCGAGGGGAGAGUUUCUCCAGGCGUUUGGACCGAUUUCAUGACACUCAGUGAAGCCCUGAAAUCAAUCAACACCCGUUGAUUAAACCAAAUAUAAUUAUUGUCUAGUUUCUCACCUCAACUUGACUCCUUGUGAUAGUAGAUAUCGUAUUAUAAAAUAUUCUAGUUUUUAAGAAAAAUAAAUCCUGAGAAAAAAUUGAUCUGUUUUUAUCAGAGGUCCACUUCUUAUACCGUUAAAAAGACAAAAAAAUUCUAGUAGCAUUGCUACUUAAUUUGGUUCCGAAUAAAUUAUGUACCGAAGCAGAAAAGAA